CCCCACCCCGCCCCUUUGGCCUGUGAUGUCAGCGGCGCUGCCCGAGGCCCGCUCUGUUAGUCGUGGUGGAACUCGCGUGCCAGCCUAACUGUCCGCGCGUCACGUAAUCAGGCGGGAAGUAGGGGGCGGGGCGGGCGGAGAGGGGUCGUGCUGUUGGUAAGGGGCUGGGGGUCGCGCGCCCCGCAGCGCCGCUAUGACGCGGCCUCGGGCCCGCGCCCCGAUGCUGCUCCUGCUCCUGCUUCUGCUCGUCGCGCUGCUGCCGCGCCCAGGCCUGGCCGGCUCCGGAUCCGCGGGGCGGCCGCCCCCAGUGUCUCCACCAACAAAUGUUGAAAUGGAAUCCUUCAACUUCAAGACUUUAUUGCGCUGGGAUUACUCAAGCAUGGUUCCAAAUGCUCGUUUUACUGUCGAAAUCAAACCCUAUCAAUUAGGGUACUAUGCGCAAAUCGGCAGCUGCGUGAACAUUUCACGUCAUCAUUGUGACCUCUCUGAGAACAUAACCGAUCCAUUGCUCUCACACUGGGCUAAAGUUAAAGCUCAUGUUGGUUCAGAAGAAUCCAGUUUUGUUGAAUCUAAAGAAUUUAUUCUGGCUAACCAGGGUAAAAUAGGUACACCUACACUGACUGUUUUAACUCAGGGCAAUGAACUGAAGGUUGAUAUCUUCCACCCUGCCUGUCUACCUGAGAAUCUUCUUGAGUCUUGUGAGGAAGUUGACUAUCUAGUGUAUUUUCAGGACCAUGAAAAUCAGACUAAAGAACUUAAGACAGACUUGGAAUCAUGUGAGGAGCAUAAAUGCAGUAUAAGCUUUUUAGUUCCUUCUACAGGUUUAACCUACUGUGUCUCAGCUAAAGUUAAUUCAUGGUGUGAAAUGCGUGGUGACCGGUCAAAUGAAACUUGUGUUCAUGUUCCUUUGAAACUUCAACUAGCAAAUAUUGUAAUUGGGGCUGCCACUGUCCUUGCUUUUGGACUAAUUUUGGCAUCAUACCAUGUUUACAACCAGCUAAAGAAGAAAAAUAUUAAACUUCCCAAGUCUCUGGUUGCUGUAGUAAGAAACCUGAACUCGCGCCACACCUUAGAAAUUAAACAAGAUACAAAGUAUAUCUCUGUCAUAACCUCAUCAUCAGCCAAGACGCCAGUAUGUGAUAAGGUAACUGCGAUAGAACAAGAAACUGGGACUUCUAGCCCCAAGGAUAGCUGUGAAGAAGCAUGCUCUGUCAAUUCCCAGGAAACAUCAAGCACAACAGAAGAGGGGAGCAUUCAAGAAAGCACUUCGCAGUUAUCUCCGAAUACUGAACAGAGUUCUGAUGUAAAAGAUAAUUAUUUUACUUCUAAUAGUAGCCAAAUGGAACUGCAUGAGGAGCUCUCUUCAAACUCCAAGCCUCCCACCACUGAAGUUCAAAACUCAAUGAACCAAAUCACGUUUUCUGGCUAUGACAAACCUCAUGUGCCCUUAGAUGUGCUCGUAGAUGUUGGGGAGCAGGAAUCUAUGAUUGAAUAUAGACACUAACUGCAAGGUUGACUGUAACAUUUAGCCACGAGUUGGGAAGAACAGCAUUACUGAGGACUACACAGUGUCACUUAUAAUCCUUGUAUUGACAUCUAGAAGUUUUGCAAACUUCACUGCAUGUGGGCUUUCCAGUAUAUGGAAAUCAGAAUCCUGAAAAUUAAGUGGGAAUCAUAAUAGAGAUUGAUGCUAAUGUAGCUGACAGCAUAACAAUUAGGUCUAGUAACCUGUCAAUUUUCAGAAGUAUGUAUAUAACACAGUUUUAUUGUCUGCUAUAGAAAUCAGUGCUUUGUUAAUGGUAGUGUACAAGUAAGGAAUUUUCAUACGCAUAAAGGCUUUGUGGAUAAAAGGCAAGUCAUUUUUUGCCGUCCUGGCCCUUUAUACACAUCUUCCUUCUCAAAAACAUUUAGCAACAAUGGGAAUCUUUUAGUCCCUUUGUCAUUACUAUUUUGGAGAUCAGCUUUCCUCUUUUAUAGAACAAUUGUCAUAUCAAAGAACUUUCCAGCACGUUCUAUCUUUGCUAAAUCUUUUUACAUUUAAGAAUCAUUUAUGUACUAUAUAUUGAUUUUGGAAUGUGACUAGAUGACCUAGACCAGAAUUGAUGGUAUCCUCUCUGGAACAACAACAAUCUCUAUAAGCUGGCAUUAAUCGAAACAAUGCAUACCACUUCAUAGUUUCAUAGUAGCUAGGGUCAGGAGGGACCUGAACAGAUCAUCUAGCCUG